CAGGACAGAGUUUGCAGUGUUGAGGAAUCAAACAUCUCUUCAGUAACUGCAGAGAAACCCAGUGAUGCCCGUCCUGAAGAGAGAAACAGCCCAAGCCCACAGCCACUGCAGUAUGCUUCCGAAACUUCCUGUGCCAGACCUGCAGCACACACUGGACGCCUACCUGAGAUCCGUCAAACACCUCGUUUCUGAAAAGCAGUUUCAAAAAACAAAAGCUAUAGUGGAGACGUUCGGCAAGCAUGGAGGUGUUGGAGAAAGGCUGCAAAAACUGCUGCUGGAGAAAAGAGAAAAUACAGAGAAUUGGGUGUUCGACUUCUGGCUGGAAGACAUGUAUCUGAAGAACAGACUGGCGCUUCCCGUGAACUCCAGUCCUGCGUUGGUCUUCCCCAAACAACCCUUCAGAGACGUGAAAGACUCUCUGGUGUUUGCUGCUCGUCUUAUUCUAAGUGUCUCUCAAUACAAGGCAGCGGUGGACGGGAAGACUCUGCUGGUGGACGUCGCUCGUGGUCAGAAGGCCGACACACCGCUCUGCAUGGAUCAGUACAAGCGUCUCUUCUGCUCUUACAGACGGGCCGGACUCAAACUGGACACACUCAUCACCGCGGACAGCACGUCUGACACAGGACACGUCAUUGUGGCCUGUAAAAAUCAGUUCUUUGCGCUGAAUCUGAAGGAAGGAAGCUGUAAACUGAACGAGGCAGAUGUUCGGGGUCAGCUGGAGUGGAUCUAUGAGCAGACGCUGAGCGCUGAGCAGAAGCAGCCGGACAUGGGACUGCUGACCGCCGCGGGCCGGACGGACUGGGCCCGGGCCAGAGACCAGCUGCUCAAAGAUCCAGCGAACAGAGAGUCUGUGGAGCUGAUGGAGCGCUGCGUGUGUGUCGUCUGUCUGGAUGAUCCUGCAGGACUCGAACCCAGCGACGCCAACAGAGCUGCACUGAUGCUCCACGGAGGAGGACAUGAUAAAAACGGGGCGAACCGCUGGUACGACAAACCCCUGCAGUUUGUGGUCGGUGCAGACGGUGUUUGUGGGGUCGUGGGUGAACACUCCCCGUUCGAGGGCAUCGUUCUGGUGGAGUGCACUGAACACCUGCUGAAGAACAUACGGAACAGCUCCUGGACGCAGAGCUCCGGUCGGACAGCGUCUGAACUUCCUCAUCCACGCAGAUUACUGUGGAAGUGUUCCCCUCAGGUUCAAUACAUACUGGCUUCUGCUGCGGAUCACCUGCACAGACUCGUGAGAAAUCUUGACAUGAACGUUUUCACGUUUGCGGUUUAUGGGAAGGAGUUCAUCAAGCAGCAGAAGAUGAGUCCAGACGCGUUCAUACAGCUGUCUCUACAGCUGGCCUUCUUCAGAUGUCACAGAAGACUCGUGUCCACCUACGAGAGCGCUUCUCUCCGUCGUUUCCGACAGGGACGUGUGGACAACAUCCGUUCCAGCACUCCUGAGGCGCUGGUGUUCGUGAAGGCCAUGACAGACAGAGGAACAUCUGCUCAGGAGAAGAUGGAGAAGCUGCGAGCGGCUGUAGAUGCUCAGAGUAAAAUCACAGUUCUGGCCGUCACGGGGAUGGGGACAGACAAUCACUUACUAGGACUACGUGAAACUGCCAAGGAGAUGAACAUGGAGACACCAGACAUUUUCUCUGAUGAAACGUACCACAUCAGUACCCACUUCAUCUUGUCAACUAGUCAGGUUCCCACCGCAGAGGAGAUGUUCUGCUGCUACGGUCCGGUGGUUCCUGACGGUUACGGCGUGUGUUAUAACCCACGGCCCGCUCACCUGCUGUUCUGUGUGUCCAGCUUCAGAGAGAGUAAGGAGACUUGUUCAGGGCUGUUUGUGAAAGCGCUGGACGAGGGACUGCAGGACAUGAGGAUCCUGUGCACUAAACACACCGACCACAGGAACACACCACACACACCAAAAUAGAAGCAUCACGCUUUCAUAUCUUCAGCACGACCUGUAAACUGUUACUCUGCUAGUGUUCACUCUUCAGAGGAGUGUGUGUGUGUGUGUCCAUUACAUACAUAUACUGGAUACUGGCAUGUACACACACACACACACACAUAAAUAGAUCAAUAAUACAAUUAGCAUGGUAACAUAUUUAGAUACCUGUACUUUUAAAAUACUUAUUUAUGUAUGAAUAAGCUUACAUGAGUUCGUGAGUAGUCUGUAAAAGUGCUUUUUAAGACAAGUUCUCCAA